CAUAUGCAUAAACCGCGGUCGGGCGUCACAGGAUAGAUGCCGGAGACCGGGAGUAGCGUUGCUCAGUAACCGAAUCGUUGAGCGGCAGACGAGACGACGCCUUAAACAUUUUUGCACGCCGUUAUUUUUUAUUAUUAUUAUUUAUUUUUUUAACUCACGAUGACAUAAUACAAAAUCGUGGGUACACAGAGCUACCUGCAGUCGUCGACCGCAACAACUCCAAUUAGAUAGAAUAAUAAUAAAAGAAAAUGGGUGUAAAGCGGAAGGAAGACGGAGCGGCGGUGGCGGAGGAUGUAGCUCCAGCCAAAGACGAUGGAAUCCAACUGAAACCCAAAAUGAGUCUUUUGAACGGCGUUACCGUCAUCGUGGGUAGUAUCAUCGGAUCUGGAAUAUUCAUUUCGCCGACAGGCGUAUUGGAAAACACUGGGUCGGUGAACGCUUCGUUGAUCGUCUGGGUCUUGUCUGGCGUAUUUUCAAUGGUCGGCGCUUACUGUUACGCGGAACUGGGAUGUAUGAUAUCAAAGUCCGGAGCAGACUAUGCGUACAUCAUGGAGACGUUUGGCCCGUUCAUAGCUUUCAUGCGACUAUGGGUGGAGUGCAUGAUUGUCCGACCUUGUUCGCAAGCCAUCGUUGCACUCACGUUUAGCCUUUACGUGCUGAAGCCCAUUUACACUGACUGCGAUCCGCCCGAAGAGUCCACACGACUGUUAGCCGCUUGUUGCAUAGUGUUAUUGACGUUUAUCAACUGCUGGGACGUUAAGUGGGCAACACGCGUACAAGACAUUUUCACCUAUGCCAAGUUGUUAGCUCUCAUGGUCAUUAUUACCACGGGAGUUUACCAGUUAUACGCAGGGCAUACCGAACAUUUUACGUUUGUAAAUACAAAAACUGAAGUUACCUCGAUUGCUCUCUCGUUUUAUUCUGGCCUUUUCGCAUAUAACGGAUGGAAUUAUUUAAACUUCGUGAUUGAAGAAUUAAAAGAUCCUAUAAGAAACCUGCCAAGAGCGAUAGCAAUAUCGUGCAUACUCGUCACCGUCGUGUACGUCUUCACUAAUAUAGCGUUUUAUACAACUUUGUCACCACAGGAAGUCCUGACUUCGGAAGCUGUUGCCGUAACGUUCGCGGAAAGACUAUACGGUCCGAUGGCAUGGACGAUUCCCGUGUUUGUUGCUUUAUCUACAUUUGGCGCCGUCAACGGAAUUCUGCUGACAAGUUCGAGAUUGUUCUACGCUGGAGCUAUCGAGGGACAAAUGCCACAAAUUUUGACAAUGAUCCAAAUCAAUCGGCUGACACCCACGCCGGCAGUCAUAUGCAUUUGCUUGCUGUCAUUGAUAUACUUGCAGAUAUCUAACAUCUACGCUCUUAUUAAUUACGUGGGAUUUGCGACAUGGUUGAGCAUCGGUGUGUCGGUUUUGUGUAUACCGUGGCUCCGUUACUCACCUGAUUUGAAGAGGCCGAUCAAAGUCAAUAUGUUCUUCCCGGUCGUCUAUAUUGCUGCUACGCUUUUUGUGACUAUAAUACCAAUAAUCGCUAGUCCGGUUGAAACAGGGUAUGGAUGUUUAAUGAUAUUGACCAGUAUACCAGUGUAUGGUGUGUUCAUUUUUUGGAAAAACAAACCUAUGAUAUUCCACAAAAUCGUCGGGUGUUUAACACGUUACCUUCAAAUACUACUGAUGGUGACCACUUCAAAAUCGCCGGCUAAAGUUUAAAGUGCAAACACUAUCAUCAUAAUCAUCACAACUACAAUACGUCUAUACAACCGUUAACCAACAAUAAUAAUUCCAAUAAAUAAUAAUCAUAAUAAUAAUAUUUUAAAUAAUAUGUUAUGUACUUAUGUGUGCUAUAAUAUGUAUUUUAUAUUAUCUACACACAUAACAUAAUGUAUUAAGUGCUAUUUAAAAAUAUUUUUGUUUUCCAUAGGAUUAAGUAUAUAUUAAUUAUAUUAUACCAAUGUAAGUUUGUAACCCAACAUAGGUAUAAUUAUAAAAAUGUUAAUAACAUUUUAUGAAGGUAUUACUCUAUUACAUGAUUAUUACCAAUACGGAUUACGGCUAUACCUAUAGCCUAUAGGUAAGCUUUAUAAUGAUUGUAAUAAGUAGGUACAAUUGUUUUUUAAACUCAAUUGAUACAUAUUGUUUUUAUACCAAAUACCAAAUCAGUAUUCAGAAAUGACAAUAAUUAACUACCUAUCUAUUUAUAAUAAUGAAAAUUUAUUAUUAAAGUAAAAGCCUACCUAAUCAUUUAUAUUUUUACGAUUUUUAUUUUUUAUGAUUUGUAAGAUUGUUUUUGUUUUAAUUUUGAAUUAAACUCAAAUGGUUGUAAUGGAUUAAUAUGCAAUUUAAAUAAUUCAUAGAAAUCUGGAUACAAAUUUAAAAGUAUAUUUUAAUUGUUAAAUAUUUAAAUACAAAAUACCUAUAAAAUUAAAAAAAAAUACUUUUAUAUUAUUGUUACUUGUUUUUUGAAUUUUUUAAAUAAACUUGGUUUAAAUUGUUUAAAACCAUUAUAGUUUUGACCAUUGCAGUUUUAUAUAAAAAAUAUUAUUUGUUAUUUGAAAAUUCAUUCGGUUUAACUAUUUAGGGAAGACUUAAAUUAUAUUUAUGAAUAUUGACGUUAGUUUUAUAAUUCAUUUUGAACAAUUUUAAAAAAUCUGGAAAAAUAGAACUUAAAACCAAACUAAUUAUUAUUUUAGCUCUAAUUUAAAUAACUUUAUCAAAGAUAUAAUCUAUUAUUCUAUAUUAUAAUAUACUAUACAUUUCAUUUAAACAUCUUUAACUUAUUUAUCACCCAUCUAAUUAAUAAUUCAAAAUAACGAUGUUCUUAUAAGUAAAAACGAUACUAAUAAAAGUUAAAACUAAUAAUAAAUUAACUAUAAUAAUAGGUCUAGCAAUAAUCACAACUUCAAAUUAUUACAUUUUAGAAUUUAUUGUAGGUACUUUGUAGUUACUAUUAAAAUUAUUACAUAAACCUAUUAUUAACUUUAUAAGUGCCUAUUUGUUCUAUUAUUUAUAAUUAAUUAAUAUAACUAGAUAUAAGUAUUAUUUUUUAGAUUGUUAAUUAAUUUAUAAUUGUUAAUUUUAACCAUUUAAAGUAUUUAAGUUUGAUUUCUGUUAGCAAUAAUGUAGAUAUAUACAUUUUUUUUUUAAAACUUAAUUUAUGUUUCAAUGCCAAAAUAUUGAUAUUUUCAACAAUCAACAUGAAACUAUAUGAAAACUAUUGUACUUCCGAAAUUUUAUUAUAAGCAUUAAUAAAUAACAUUUAUAAAACAAAUAUUUAUUUUUAUAAAUUAUCAACACAUUGUUGUUUUUUUUUAACACAAUCAUUAGUCGACCAACGAAAUUAAGUUUUAAUAUCUAUAAAAUAUAUAAUAUUAUAUGUAUUAAUAUAUUACUUUUUACAAUUUUGUAUAAUUUAUAAAACCAAUUUUUUGUUUGUCAUAUUACAUCAACAACUACUUCACUAUUCAUAGGUCACCUAUCUUUAUUUUAUAAUAGUAAGUAUUAGGUAUUUAUGUUUUCAUGCCAAUUGUAAGCAUUUUGUUAUUGAAAAAACAUACAUCAUUAUUUGUAUUCCUUUUUUUUCUAAGAUUUAUUCUAUUAAGUUACUAAUUCUAUAAAAUAUACCUAAUAAAAUAAUAAUCAUAUAUCUUCCAGUAAUAAAUUAAAUGUGUUACUUACCAAUUGUGUUUGGAUCAGACUUGCUUCUUGGGUAUACAUAUUACAUAGGCCCAUCCAUUUUAUUCAUAUAGUUUUAAGUACCUACUUAUUUACCAUAACAACUAAUAUUUAAUACAUUUUCAUAAGAGUAUAAAAAAAAUGUUACACAAAAUUAUUUUAUUAUGAUCAAUAUUCAUUUUGCAUAUAAGAUUACGCAAUAAGUUUUGUUUGUUAUAAUUAGACUUGUUUUUUUGUUCUGUUAUUAAAAAAUAAUGUUAAACAUUAUAUUAUUCGUGCUAAAUAUAUUAGAUGAUAUCUAUAAC